ACCGGCUGCCACAAUCUAUGCGAGCGGAUACAAAAUUGCAGCUAACACCAUCAUAGUGAUCGUUGUGAUGCCUAGUUCAUGUCUUUAAAAACACAUGUGUCUUAACAGCCUGAAAAGGUAAUCGACAUCGCCUAGAAGCUCCCUCGCGCUGGCUUGCGUCGCGUCUACAACGGUCCAAUGGCGAGAUAUCUGAACCCCGCCAAGAUUGGCCUUUUGGCUCUCCUUGAGCUGUACGUCGAAGAAGCAGUGCCCAGUGAUGCUAUCCUGCCAGUUUUAAGCUUCAUCACCUCCCAUUUAAUGGAUCGAGAAUCCACAUCGGCCUCCGGCUCUCAAGGGAAGUGGUCCAAGGCUGAGCGAACAGUGAAUCUUGUGGUUUCAAUAAAGGACUUUGAGCGCCUUCUGGGCAGCUAUCCGUUCUUAAUGGGGAUGCCUGGGAGGAAACUGUGGGAUCAGUUUCUAGCAAAGCUGUGGAAUAUUAGCUCUCUAUAUGCGCUACACGACUUCUUUGAGAACUUGACGGAGAUGAUUGCCAAGACAAAGGAAGAGUUGCGACUAAUGAAUCCGCGCGGUGGCUCACCAGAGCCUGAAGCUGGUAUUAAGUUGACGCGGAAUUCUCCAUUUGGUGCCUUCAUACGCAAGGCAAAGCUCGAAUAUCAGCGAUUGCGUUUCCAUGACUGCGCUGAACUCUGGAAGGCAUUUGUUCAAUAUAGACAACCUACCGUGCACUACCUCCGACGAAAGAAUCCCUCUCUCGGAAAGCUGAGCUUCGAUAAUGUGUUGUUGACAGGAGAACAAGAAGACUGGAACGCAGACGGUGUUUCAGCGCUGGCGUCAGUUGUUUAUGGCGAUAUGCUGACGGGCGGCGGGAACGAUGUUGUCGCUGUAAGCACCGACGACAUUGAAAUCCUCUUGGAAUUUCAGAUAGAGCAAAUGCAAAAAUAUGGCAACAGGAUUCCAUUGGAGAUCCAACACCAGUUUCAAGACUUGCUGCACGAUAGCUUUCUGGUACCAAGUUUGACACAUUACCUUAGCUUUCUUGAUGCCUGGCGAUCGGGCGAUUACCCGAGUGCGUUCGACUUGUUGCAUCGCUACUUCGAUUAUACCAUGCAAUAUCGUGAUCGAUUAUUUUAUCAAUAUGCGUUGAUGAACUUGGCAGUUCUCCAAGCCGAUUUUGGUUGCUACAGAGAAGCAGUGGCAGCAAUGUUGGAAACUGUGUCCACUGCCAGAGAAAACCGCGACAUGACUUGCCUGAACUUUGCCUUGAACUGGCUAUUCCAUUUUGGCAGAGCGCAUCCGGAUUUGGUCCACGAGCUAGAAUCCAAUAGCUUGUUAGGUGCAGGAAAAGAAAGCUUAGCCUUCCUCCGAGUCAAGGCAAAAGAAUCAGGCAUGUGGGCGCUCUGGAGUUCAGUGCUGCUGAGCGAAGCAAAGCUCGGCCUCACAUGCGGCGACAGCAUUGCAACAUCUCUAGAAUACAUGGUCCGCAGCUCUCAUGUUAUCGUGGAUCACAACAUGGCUACCAUGUUCGGCACACAGCUCUCGCUCUAUGCGGCGCUGUGGUCACGCCUAGGAUUGAAUCACUUGUCCGUUAUAACUUGCGAAAUGUUUUUACGAUGUCACGCCCGCAACUCUCUCUUCGAUGAUGAGCUGAAACUGACUUGCAAGCUCGCAUUUAUGUUGUCGGAGCGUGGUCGGUACGAAGAAGCCUUGCAAACACUUGACGGUCUCCAAGGGAACUCGCUGCGGUCGUGGAAGCCAAGCCAGUACUGGUACAAAUGCCGUGGCAUUAUCCGACUGAAGAAAGACCUCUGCCAUAACAACCUCGACGGCGCGCAUGAGCUUUUGAGCCAGCUUCUUCAGUCGAGCACGGAUGAUAUUGAUCCCGAGAUGAUCUUUUCGAUUGAUAGUCUUCACAUUGACUACCUGACAAGGCGCCGCGACUUGCCAGCGGCAUUUGCCAAAGUUGAGCAACUGAUUGCCAGGUUCCGAGAUCAGAACAGAGACAUUGCCCUCCGCGUAAAACUCAUGGUUAUAAAAGCAUCGCUUCUAAGUAAGUGCGGUCGCCCACAAAGAGUAUUCUCGACAGCAUUAAGAGCGGCAAACAUGGCCUGGCAGUCGCGCCUAAUCACACAAUUAUGGGAGGCUAUGGGAUGUCUGGCCAACAUUUUAGUUUCUCUGGGAGAGUUCAGCGCAACCCUACAAAUUCUCGACAAUGUGAUUCCGCGAGCUCUAGAAUGUGAGCUGCCUGAGCUUGCUGCCAAGCUUUACUCAACGCUGGCAGAUGCGAACAUGGGCAUGGCUGGCAGCAUGAGCCCAAAGUCAAGCCGCCGAGGGGAAUUCAUGACAAGAGCUCUCUCUGCUGUGCAGUCAUGUUUUGACCACGCGUCCAGCCUAGAGGACGUCAAUCUGCAAUCCGAAAUGAUGGCCAAGAAGGCCAUGAUUAUGAAGCUAUCGGGCGAGAAGCAACUGGCUCUCGACUACGCAGGCGCAUAUGUCACGCUACGGAAACAGGCAGAGUCGCUAAGCAUUGAAACGGCGUAAUUACGAAAUAAUGAUGGUAAUGAGUAUAAAUAAAUGCGAGGGCAGCACUAGCCGACUAGACUUGCCUCACGAGGUUAUAUAUGUACAGUAGAGUUUUUGGUUACAAUAAAAAGUCAACGGUUCACCAUUUGAUGCUUUCGCCCCUUUUAUUCUUCAAUUCGUUUCCCAAUGGUGCCUCAUCCGACAGCGUCCCCGAGUCUGCGUCGUUGGUAGCCCACAUGCUCUCGAUGCAGAGUUCAAAUGGGCCUUCGACGCGAUCUGUCAAGCCAACACCAACACUUCGAACCUUUUGUCUGAGGAUCUCUGUUUGCGGCUCAACCACGAACCCGUAGUUUGUCCGUACAAAGUCGUUCCAUCGUAUCAGGACUGUCUCCCAUUGGCCAGGCUGCUUGACAAACAGCCUGUGCUGGUGAAGAUCUGUCGGCUCAACACCCUCCGUCUGAACAUUGACGAAAUAUGAUCGGCCGUCCGACUUUACGCGUAGAGCAAGGAAUGAGUACGGAUCGAUAUCCCACAAAGAGCGUCCAAAGACAGUGGGUUUUUGGUUUGGUGUGCGGAAGGCUGCAUAGCCGGUACGCUGGAUGGCCAAUCGAUCGGCGGGCAGCGACGUCGAUAUGCUUCCGUAGAAUCGGGCGUAAUUCGAAGGACUAUUCGGUGUCGGGGAUGUUGACGCGUUUGUAUUGUUUAUGAAGUCAAAGUUGCUUUCUGAGGAGCCUCCAAUGAGGUCGUCGGACAUGAGGACACAUUCUUUUACGCUGUCGGCAUCUCGGAAGUCGUACAGUGGUCGUGGAGCGGAUGGUCCUUUAACUGCUUCAAGCUUCCAUGCUACGGGUUCAGGGUUAGCUUUAGACAACGGUAGGCGAGCGAGGAGAGGGUUUACCAAUGCUGGAGCGUCGCUUGAGCUCUUCGACACUCCGUGACAGGAAGCCCUUGGCGUAGAGUUGUUGUGUAAUGCGCAUGAUGAGGUGUGAUGGGUGGUGAUGACGAGUAGUAGGGGAGAUUGUAGUUGACGAUCGAGCCUAUCGGCUCAUCCGGUAUCUGAUUUGCAUAUAAUUCCUCGCGUGUGAUGAUGGUGUUGUUCUUCUUUCGCUUGCCCCGUGGCUGUGGCGUGCUGUGGCUGGUGCUGUUGAAUUUGAGGCGUCGUCAAUUGGAGAUGAUGCUGUGUUUAAG